CUAGGGGCGGGGUCAGCGCUGAGUGACAGGCGCGUGCGGGGCUGCUGUAGAUGAGCAGUCUGAGCCGAAUGGCGGCUCUAUGAGGGAAACACGGAGCUUUAAUGAAAUUAAAAAGCGUCAUUUUCCGGUUUAGACAACGUGAAAGUUUGGAAAUGCAGAGGAUAUUAAGAUAAAGAUGUCUGCAGCAGAAGAGAGCGGAGGUAGAAAACCUCAGAAGAGUCGAGACAAGAAUCACAAAAAGCCCACAGCUGAGGCAGUGAAAGGAGCCAUUCAGCUGGGCAUUGCCUACACUGUGGGGAACCUGACCUCCAAACCAGACCGAGAUGUUCUCAUGCAAGACUUUUAUGUGGUGGAGAGUGUCUUUUUCCCCAGUGAAGGCAGUAAUCUGACCCCAGGACAUCACUACCCAGACUUCCGCUUUAAAAUCUACGCUCCACUGGCCUUCCGCUAUUUCAGAGAACUGUUUGGUAUCAAACCUGAUGACUAUCUGUAUUCCAUGUGUAAUGAUCCCCUGAUUGAGCUUUCGAACCCAGGGGCAAGCAGCUCAUGGUUUUAUGUAACCAGUGAUGAUGAGUUUAUCAUCAAAACAGUGCAGCACAAAGAAGCGGAGUUUCUGCAGAAGCUGCUUCCAGGAUAUUACAUGAACCUGAACCAGAACCCGAGGACGCUGCUGCCAAAAUUUUAUGGUCUUUACUGUAUUCAGUGUGGGGGAGUGAAUAUCAGGCUGGUGGUGAUGAACAAUGUUCUGCCUCGUUGUGUAAACAUGCACUACAAAUACGACCUGAAAGGUUCCACAUACAAACGCAGAGCCUCACGUAAAGAACGUGCCAAGUCCUCACCCACCUUCAAAGACUUGGACUUCCAGGACAUGCACUCAGAAGGGCUUUACUUUGACACAGACACAUACAACGCACUGAUAAAGACGCUACAGCGAGACUGUCGGGUGCUGGAGAGUUUUAAGAUCAUGGACUACAGCCUGCUGUUGGGAAUCCAUGUGUUGGACAUGAAGCUGAGAGACAGAGGAGGACGAGGAGACAGUAAGCGACAGGGAGGACAAAAAGUGCUUUACUCCACUGCUCUCGAGUCCAUCCAGGGAGGAGGCAAACCUGUAGAGCCACGCCCCACUAGUGAUGAUGACGACACAAUGGGUGGAAUUCCUGCAAAACACAAAGAUGAGAAGCUGCUCAUAUUUUUGGGAAUCAUUGAUAUCCUGCAGUCAUACAGAUUUAUUAAGAAAGUGGAACACUCGUGGAAAGCUCUUGUACAUGAUGGUGACACAGUGUCAGUCCACAGGCCAGGUUUCUAUGCAGACAGAUUUUUGAAGUUUAUGGGAGGAACAGUGUUUAAGAAGAUUAACUCCCUACGAGGUGCUUCCUCUCGAAGAAAACGAAGCUCUGUCCAGCUGGUGAGAUCUGCAUCACAUGAAGUUCUGUCUCCGAUUAAAGAGGAGAGAACUGAGGAGAGAAAAGCACAGAGUCUGGAGAACCUCGAUGAUAACGAUUUCAUCUUGUUUGUGAAACCCGACAUCAUUCCGAGCUCCACAGAUCUGCACACAGCUGUUUCUUCUGCGACCGUGAUCUCCGUCUCCUCAUCAGAAGAUUUAAAUCAAUUCACGGAGGACGACAACAUCAGCAGAGGUGUGUGUGGUAAUUCCAGCUCCACUCUGGCUCUGGAUGACUCAGUGGUCAGGUCUGAAUCUUCACACAGCAGUACGUCAGAUUCAGCUCUGGAUGUUUAUCUGUGAUGUGUGAAAUUGACUUCCUGCUGUCUGAAACAAGACGCUUGUCUUCACCACACAUCCUGCUGUUAUUGCACUUCACAUCACAUCAUUGGGCCAUGUGACCUGCUUUUUUUUCCACACCUCUAACACACCGUGAUGUUCUCCUCCUGAUCCUGAAUGAUGGAUUUCCGCUCCACUGAAUUAUUAUGAUAAUGAUGAUGAUGAGGAUCGUUUUAAAUACAAGUGACUGUUGUCCUUUUCUGGUCUGAUGAACUUUUUUUUGGUGUUAUUUCUAAGAAAUGUAUUUUUGUGCCUUGAUAUCUAACAGAUGUGAGGAUAAAUGUCCUCAGUAACGUUAUAUCAGAUGCAGUUAAAAGCUGAAAAAAAAUCUGAUCUGAUGUUUCCUAAGAAUAAUAUUUUUUAUAUGUGCUAAUGUUAUCUUUAACAGCUAUUAUGUUGAUGUAUAAUAUAAUGUCAAAGGAUCUACAGGAAAACUGUUUAAUGUUUAUUUUGGUAUUAAACACUGUUUAAGAA